UGUUUUUACUUGCCUAACAUUCAGGUCCUCUGAGAAUACCUCUUUCCACUAAAUUCUCAUUUUCUUUCUUUAAAUUAACAAGUAUCAAUUUGCUUUGCAACCAAUGUAUGUGAAUUAGCUUCAAUAUCUACUAAGACAUUCUUAACAUGCGUGGUUUUUUGUUGUGGUAAAUUAACGGACUGGAAACACGUUUUUUGUGUUGCUCUUUCACUUCUAGCCAGAUUUAAAUGAAAACAGUUUCAGUUAUUGAGGAAGCUCUAAACUCAGCCUGUUGACUCUAAUUUAGCUCCCUCAGAAAGACUGGCAGCAAAAUGCAUACCCGUAAUGUGGAAAAAGACUUUGUACUUACUGAAUCACUUGCAAAGCAAGGUUAUCUUUCUUCAAGAAAGCAUUCUAGUGGAACAAUCCUACGGUCAGUCUUGGUCUGCUUCAUGUGUGUGACAGUAAUACUAUGUAUAGUGUUUACUGCUCUGGCAGUAACUAGAGUUAAAUUCCAUCAAAAGCAAUCAGAAUGCCCUGAAGCUGCAUGCCCAGAGAGCUGGAUUGGUUUCCAAAGAAAGUGUUUCUACUUUUCUGAUGACACCAAAAACUGGACAUUCAGUCAAAAAUUCUGUGUCUCACAAGGUGCUGAUCUUGUUCAGGUUGAAACUCUCCAGGAACUGCAUUUCCUAUUGAGGUAUAAAGGUCCCUCAGACCACUGGAUUGGGCUGAGCAGAGAACAAGGCCAAACAUGGAAAUGGAUAAAUGGCACUGAAUGGACUGAAUUUUUUCCGAUCAGAGGAGGAGGGGAGCAUGCCUAUCUGAAUGACAAAGGUGCCAGUAGUGCGAGGCGCUACACAGAGAGGAAGUGGAUUUGUUCCAAACUAGACACACAUGCCCAGCUGAGGAGGCGAAGCCCUAACUGAUCUUCAGACACACAUUGUGAAAUGACUGACCAAUUGCUAUCUCCAGUUAUUCUUAUCUACUUUUAAAAAUUUUUUCCUAGUAAAACUGCUUUGCUUAUA